UUCGCGAUGAGAACUUCUUGUGUAAUUUUUGUGGCCCUUCUGUGCUGCUCCUUGGGCUCCGCCAAGCUCUUCGAUGAUGAGCUGCGCGAACUGACGGAGUUCCUGCGUUUGCAGAUGCGAUGUGGCUAUCCGGCCAGAGGGGUUCCCAUUUUGGCCCCGGCUCAGAUGGCCUACAAGGAAAUCGGCAUCAGAACUGAGAACUUUGGAUGCAAUGGAAACUUCACCGAUCUGAUUAUCGAGGGAUUGGAUGGCUACGAGUUCUCCAAGCUGGAAUGGAACAACGUUUUGCACACCAUUAAGUUCGACAUGAACUUCUCUAAGAUUUCCCUAAAGAGCACAAACUAUAAACUAAAUCUCCUGGCUCAUCUAUUUGGUGCCGAUUUCUCCCUGUGGGGUGACGGUGCCCUCAGUCUGGAGCUGAUUAACUUCCGAGCUUACGGCAGCUUCGUUAUUCGCCCAAAGUCGGCCACCAGUGGAGUGUACGUUAAGAGCUGGAAGGUCAACUGGGAGUUGGAGAAGGCAAAGUCGCAGACCACGGGCUUUAUGAACAGUCGUCUGUAUACGAAGUUCAUCAACGAUCUGAUCCGGGAGUAUCUCGAUAUCAUGAUCAAUGACAACCCCACGGAAGUUUCUCAAUUUAUGGAGGAGCUUAUUGUGCCGCCCAUGAAUUUGGUUCUGGAUAAUCUGGCCUGGUAUGAGAUUACCGCUAUCAUUUUGGGCCUGGUCGAGGGAAUUUUGCCGGUGGAGCCUAUUUGCUGAAGUGCUGGCAACAAACGAUUGCCAGGUGUUCCAAGUGUUUAAAUGUGAAUAAAUUGUCUAUAUAAUCAAUUGAUAACAAAUUAAAUGGAACUACUUGUA